AUGACGCUCAGCAGUAGUAACAGAGUCCUGUUCUCUCUCGCGCUUGGUUCUUCCCCCUCUUUCAUCUCGCACAGGAGGAGCAGUUUUCCCUCCUCUCGUCGAUGUCGUUCUUCGUUCAGAGACUUCUCCUCGAGAGUACGAAUACAUCGCAGAAGAAAAAGCUUUCGUUGUUCCUCCUCUUCCUCUGAAUUGGAAAGAUGGGACGAUUGGCGGUUGGACGAAGCGUGGGGUGAUACUGACGACGAUGUUUCGAACAACGACGAUUUUGUUCAAGGCACGACAAAGAAUACGAAGACUUUGAACAGGUCUGACCCUCUUUCGUCUCCUCUCGAGGAAACAGAGGAGGGAAUAAAGGAGGGAAAGAAUCGAGAGGAAAAUAUCUUCUCAAAGCAUCAAAAUGCUGAGGAAAAAGGCAUCGCCAUCGCUCGCGAGAAGAUUGACGAUGCAAAUGAUGACGUUAAAGACGACGCAGAAAAGGAAAAGGAAAGAAAAUACUACCUGGGAUACGAAAACGACAAACGUUCAAAAGUUUUGGUGGAAUUUUGGCGCUCCUCUUUCCCGGAUAUUAAAGAUUUCGACGUGUUGAACAUGAUGAAACUGGGGCAAGACUACGCCAAGUUGAGAGACUGCGAGUUAGUCAUCACAAUGGAUCAAAAAUUAAACGCGUUGUUACCGGGCGUUUCCGUCUUGAAUGUCUUGCAGAGAUGUCCGACGAUUCUCGAGAAGUUUGACUUUGGUAAGGCGUCGAAACGGAUUUUGGAGAUUCAAGACGUGCUUUGUAGCGAGGAUUAUUGCCACGACGUGGUGGAUAUCGUGGAAAAAAUGCCGGAUUUGUUGUUGUGCGAAUCCGUCUACGAAGAAAGAGAAAAAACGAUUGAAAAGUUGAAUCAGAUGUGUAAUUGCACGGACACGUACGAAGGCGGGGAAGUGAGCAAAGGGAUUAAAAUUGACGCGGAAAGGACGGUGGCGGAGUACCCCGAGUUGCUCUACCGCUUGAAAGAGUACGACUCGUAUUACGAUUUACCGGUUUCCAUUUUGAACAUGCUCACCGGCCCAAACGAAGACGAGAUUUUAGACGAGGACUACGACCAAAUGUGGGACCAGAACAUGGCGGGCAAAAGUAGUGGUAGCAAUAGUUUUAGUAAUAGUACGAAUAGCGAAUCCUACGAGGAGUGGCAAAACGACGGCUACUGGGAGAAAGAAGAAGAUUAG